AUUUAACUAUUUUGAUUUGAAUUUUUUUGGGACCAUUCCGUCGGUCCUGACCGCCUACCGACGAGAACCAAGGACACCCUCUCUAACUGACGUCACAGGAUCCGUUCCAACACGGAAACCGUAAUGGUGGGGGCUCGUCGUUUAGUCGGUACUGUUGUGAUGGUCUCUCCGGAUCUCUCAUCCUACUUCUAUCCACAACCUGUUAACACACGUUAAAUAAAACACGUCAAUCUUAAAGAAGACUUUAAAAACAAAAGUUCAACAAACGAAGCCCUGUCGCUGUGUAAAAACCAAAAUGGACGAUCGCUGGAGAAAAGUUGACAGAUAAUUCGACCUCUGUUCUUGUAAGUUUAAUUAACACGUUUCUUUGCGUUGAUCGAGAUUCCCGUUGGUAGAUCUACAACCAUGGGGAAGUUAACACGCUGUCUCCUCCUGCUGCUGUUGCUGCUGUCUUGGAAAGGAACCGACUUACAGGUGAAGUCAGUGAGUGUAACUCUACCAGAGUCUCUAUUGUUUGUGUCUACUCUGGAUGGGAGUCUACAUGCUGUCUCCAAGCAGUCUGGAGACAUCAAAUGGACCCUCAAAGAAGAUCCCAUCAUCCAGGUGCCUGUCUACCUUACUGAGCCAGGGUUUCUCCCUGACCCCAACGAUGGCAGUCUCUACGUCCUGGGAGGAAAACACAAGGAAGGACUGAUGAAACUGCCCUUCACCAUCCCAGAGCUGGUCCAGUCUGCUCCCUGUAGGAGUUCUGAUGGAGUCCUUUACACUGGUAAGAAGCAGGAUGUAUGGUUCGUGGUGGACCCCCAGACAGGAGAGAAACAGACCAGCCUCUCCACAUCAUCAUCUGACUCCAUUUGCCCCAAUGCACCACUGCUGUACAUAGGAAGAACAGAGUACAUGAUAACGAUGUAUGAUACGAAGACACAGGAGCUGAGGUGGAACGCAACAUACAACGACUACUCUGCCCCGCCGUACGAUGAGAAACACGACUACAAGAUGGCCCAUCUCGUCUCCAGUGGUGAUGGGUUGGUGGUGACCGUAGACAGAGAGUCAGGUGACGUCCUGUGGAUGCAAAACUAUGGGUCACCUGUGGUGGGGGUGUACCUGUACAGCCAGGACUCUCUGAGACACGCCCCUCACCUGUCAGUUGCCAUGGAGACGCUGCGUUACCUCACCUUCUCGUCCCACGACACACACACCAUGAAGUGGAGCUACCAGUUUGUCACGGAGCAGGCCAGCACACACACACAGCUGGUGCCCACUCUGUAUGUGGGGAAGCUGGAUUCUCAUCUGUACGCCUCCACCUCUCUGGUUCACGACGGAGUCUCUCUAGUGCCGCGGGGCUUGACACUGGCGCGUAUCGAGGGACCGGAGACCGAGGAGGUGACGGUUAGAGAGGAGGGAGAGUGUGAGAUCAUCCCGUCUACCGACGUACGGUACCCGCCAGGCUCCACCAACACACUGAACAACCAGUGGCUCCUCAUAGGACACCAUGAGACCCCACUGGUAGCCCACACCACCAUGUUGAGAGACUUCCCGGUAAACCUGCAGCGUUCCGGUGAUGCCGUUAUCCCGACCCGGUCUCAGAACAACCGCUAUACAGACCAUCCUUUCCAGUCAGUAGGUCAUGGUGGUGGAGGGGGCUCUGGUUCUCCUAGCGGCAGCAGAAGGACCCAAGCAGGAUCGAGAUCAGGGUUGUCCUCUAUCCUGCCCGACUAUAUAUACCAGGACCCUGUUACCGUGGUGAUCCUGUCUCUACUGCUGGGAGGAUGGCUUGCCUUCGCUACUCUGACUUAUCCACAGCAGAAGGACCAGAGGCAGCAGUUGGACGAAGCUCUGGAAUCCCGCCUCCAACACCUGCUAGACACGCCCUCUUCUGCAGACACACCUCCUUCUCCACCAGACACACCCCUUUCCUCAGGAACCCCCCUUCCUUCUGGAGCCCAGCCCCAGUCUGCAGACUCACAGCCGUCCUCUGUGGACCCUCGUCUCUCUGGCUCGCCCGGUAACAGUAGUGACGCUGUAGCCAGGAACGGAUCCCUGGUAACACGACACACGCACGAUGGAGGGAGAGAGGAGGUGGAGGUAGGGAAGAUCUCCUUCUGUCCAUCAGAGAUUCUGGGACAUGGAACAGAAGGAACCUUCGUCUUCCGGGGCCGUUUUGACGGCCGUCGCGUGGCUGUGAAGCGGAUCCUUCCAGAGUGUUUUGACGUUGCAGAGCGAGAGGUCCAGCUGCUCCGGGAAUCGGACGAACAUCCAAACGUCAUCAGAUACUACUGCACCGAGCGAGACAAACUGUUCACCUACAUCGCUAUAGAACUGUGUGCUGCUACGCUACAACAGUAUGUGGAAGAUCCGUCGUGCCACGCUGGUCUCAGCCCUGUCUCUGUACUACAACAGACCAUGUGUGGUCUCAGCCACCUCCACUCACUAAACAUAGUCCACAGGGAUCUGAAGCCUCGUAACAUCCUAUUGUCUCAGCCAGGGCCCCUGGGGCGGGUGAGAGCGCUGAUAUCAGACUUCGGCCUGUGUAAAAAGAUCCCUGAGGGAAGGACUAGUUUCUCUCUCCGCUCGGGGAUACCGGGGACAGAGGGGUGGAUCGCCCCGGAAGUACUGCUGGACACACCGGGACACAGCCCGACCCGUUGUGACCAGGCGGUGGAUGUGUUCUCGGCAGGCUGUGUGUUCUACUACGUGGUCAGUAGGGGGCAGCACCCGUUUGGUGACACGCUACGACGCCAAGCUAACAUCCUGACCGGGGAGUACUUCCUCACACACUUCCUGGAAGACGUGCAUGAUGACAUCAUAGCGCGGGACCUGAUAGAGCGAAUGAUCAACAGCGAUCCAGAGUCCCGCCCCUCCACUUCCUCUAUUCUUAAACACCCGUUCUUCUGGAGCCCUGAUAAGCAACUUCAGUUCUUCCAGGAUGUGAGUGACCGUAUAGAGAAGGAACCUACAGACAGCACCAUGGUGGUGAGGCUGGAGACGGCUGGCAGAGCUGUAGUACGAACCAACUGGAGAAUGCACAUCUCUGUUCCUCUGCAGACAGACCUGAGGAAGUUCAGGACGUAUAAAGGAAACUCAGUCAGAGACCUGCUCCGAGCCAUGAGAAAUAAGAAGCACCACUACCACGAGUUGCCAGCGGAGGUCCAGGAGACGUUAGGGGAGGUGCCUGAAGGCUUCGUUAGUUACUUCACCUCCCGGUUCCCGCGGUUACUGCUACACACACACACAGCGCUCAGCAGCUGUUCACACGAGAGACUUUUCCAACCCUACUACCUGCCCCCCACUGUUAAAUAACACA